AUGACCAUCGAGUCUCAGAAAGUCAGAGGCAUUGUGGACACCAACCAGAUCUUUGGUCUGAGCAAGACCGAACCCAGCUACUUAAGCUACUUUGCCCCCUACGAUGGGAUCCUGGGUCUGGCCUUCUCCAGCAUCUCCUCCUCUGGAGCCACGCCUGUCUGCAACAUGAUGAAUGAGGGUUUGGUGUCCCAGGACCUCUUCUCUGUCUACCUGAGCUCUGACUCUCCUCUCUCCCUUCUCGUGAUGUUCAGUGGCAUCGACUCAUCAUACUAUUCUGGGAGCCUGAACUGGAUCCCUCUCUCCUACUGGGAAAUUACCAUGGACAGCAUCACCAUGAAUGGCCACCUUAUCUCUUGCGCUAAUGGCUGGCAGGCUAUUGUCGACACUGGCACCUCUGUGCUGGCAGGGGCCCCCCCGGCCAUCUCCAAAAUCCUGCACUACGUUGGAGCCAGAGGUUCAAUCCCUGGAGAGGACCCAAUCAGCUGCAGCGCCAAGCACACCCUGCCUGACAUCAUCUUCACUAUCAAUGGCAUCAGGUUACCUUUGCCCGCCACCGCCUACAUCCGCCUGAACUCAGGCUCUUGCUCUCCCGGCUUUGAAGGCAUUGACGUCCCCACCUCCUCCCGAGAGCUCUGGAUCCUCGGAGACGUCUUCAUCCACCAGUACUACGUUGUCUUCGACAGGGCCUAUAAAUCAUUGUUGCAACUAGGGUCCUAUGGUUGCACCACGUCUUACAGGCUUGCAUCAAAGAUGUCUGACUACAUCACCAAUGGCUCUUCCUAA